AUGCAGAUGUCGGCCGCUACGACGACGGACUUCUCGCCUGCUCCACAUCCUGCACGUACCCCAUGGGGCCCGGGCGUGGGUGUAGGCGGCGCGCUCUCCGCCACCUUUGCGCUGAGCUUCACCGAGAGCUGCCUCGAGGUUGAGCGGCGCCCGAUCCCUCUGCGGUUCGCGUUGCGCUUCGCCGCUGCCAACGUACUGCCCAGCGCUGUGUGGAGCUCCGUCCCAGCACGUCACGUGGCCGCCGCGUCAGGCGUGCCAUUGUCCACUCUUAUCAGCGAAGCGGAGGUCUCGGGCCCGCGCUCUGUAGCUGUAGGCAAGCGCCUGGUGCUCAUUAAGUCGGUGCGCGCGCUGCGGAUGGCCGUGGGCAGCUACGGACUCGCUUGGAGUCUAUGGCGCGUGCAUGCGCACAGUGCUGAUGGCAGUAAUAAUACUACAACGCACGUCGGGGAGAGCGUGGUGCGUCUCGCGCCCGUGAAUUCGACGCUGUCCCGAACUUCGAGGCGUACGCACGGGGAGCAGCAUUUCGUGACGGUCCCGGUGACGAAAGAAAGCUGGAAGCGGCAGGCGGUGAACGGGGCACUGGAGAGUGUGGACUGGGAGAAGGUCGGCAUUGAGGCGCAAGUGGGCGAUGAGGACGCGGAGAGGCUCAAGGUGAAGGUGAUUGAGGUUGAGCUCAGUGAUGCAGAGGCGACGAUGGCGCUGGCUGGCAAGCUGAAGGCCAAGGCUGCGAAAGACGACGGCAGCUCGUUGUGCUCCGUGGCGGUGUUGCCGCCGUGUGGUCCGUCGCUACCAGCAUCGAUCACAGAUUCGUUCGACGUAUGCUUCAACCCGUUGUCGGCGGUGUUGACGUUUAUCGCUACAGUGUGCCGGGCUCGAGGCGUUAGUCGCGUGAUCCUCGUUGCGGAUGAACAGGAAGGGAGCGAGGCUGGUGAUGAAGUUUGCUCGCUUCAUGUAUCGACGUCGCAAUUGGCGGCUGGACUGCUGUACCGGCAUGGGAUUUCCGCGAGUGUUUUAAAGCCGCAGCAGGCGGAUCCGGUCGGCGAGCAAGUGGAAGGUCAGGAGGCAGCGGAUUAUCAAGAGGACACACGAAGGCUGGCCGAGCAGGGGCGUAAGGCGGAGGUCUAA